AUGAACUCUCUCCUUUCCGACUUAGUACUCGAUAGCCGAAUUCAAGUGGAAUUCAGCGACAACUUCACCUAUCGAUUCACAUUCCAGUCCAGGGUAUCUUCUGCCCCGUAUUUCAGACGCAAGCUGCGAAAGGACACAUGGCAGACGGUAAAGUUACUUGGAAGCGGAUCAUAUGGCAAUGUUUCUCUGCAUAGAUGCCUGACAAGCGAGGGCAAAGCGGAAUUGCAGGCCGUGAAGGAGAUCAAGAAGGCCAUCGUCUCAGAAGGCAUUGAUUAUUACAGAGAGCUAGAAGCGAUCGCGAAAUUCUCACAGAAAAAGUACGAAGGACUCUUCGUCGACUUCAUUGGGUGGUAUGAGAAUGAUAUAUCUGUAUUUAUUAUUAUGGAGUAUAUGGAAUAUGGCGAUCUGGAUUUGCAUCUCAAAGGGCCGUUACCUGAAAACGAGGCUAGGGAGGUCACGUUGCAGAUAGCGGAAGGCUUGAAACUCCUCCACGAAAAUGGAUUUGCUCACCGAGACCUCAAACCAGCGAACAUCUUUGUCUUUCACAAAGGCCCAGAUUGGUGGGUCAAAAUUGGUGAUUUUGGUUUCAGCAAACGCGUCAAUGAGAAAGAUGGCCUUCGAUCAUGCGUUGGAACCCCGGUUUUUCUCGCCCCAGAGGUGCAGAUGCUUUACUCUCCUAGCAUUAACAAUCAAAACGACGUGCUCCAUUAUACAGAGAAAGUUGAUAUAUGGGCGCUAGGGGCUAUAACGUUCUAUAUGAUUUUCCACGACUAUCCAUUCUCGCCCUGGAAGUCUAUCACUCUCCAUCAAUAUAUGCAAGGAGAAGCUUUUCCUUUCCCGAAAUCCCGACCGUCAGAGAUUAGUAAAGCGUGUAAGAGCUUUAUCAAGGCCACAAUGGCUCCGGACGCCUCUCAGAGAUUAUCUGCAAAGCAAGCCACGGAAAACGAGUGGCUGAUGCUCGCUGACUUUCAACUUGCGAAAACGGCGUCUGUGAAGAUAAAGAAAGAAAAUCUUUCAGACAGUAUCUCAACAGAAAGACUCCAAGAAGUGCUGGAGCCUAUGCAGAAAUGCACUUCCGAUGGCUCCAAUAACGACAAUAUAUCUGCGGGCGGAAACAUACGAAAACAUAUACUACCUAAUAACCCGGAAUCAUCCGCCAAAACGGCAGAGACUGCAAGAAGUGCUGGAGCCUAUGCAGAAAUGCACUUCCGAUGGCUCCAAUAA